AUGGGAGUCGGUGCGGAUUUCGUCUCUUUCUUCGCAAAGGCUGCUUGGCAACUUCCUAGAGGGCCUGCAAUUGAACGAUACAAACCCCAAGCGUAUAUUAUUACAGCUAGACCCCAAGUAUCACGGUCUACAUCGUGGUCCCACGAGGUGGCCCCAGGUGGAAUCAGAUUCGCGCAUCCUGUCUGGGUCCAACUUUUACUUCUACUAGGAGGACUAUUUGCAAGCCUCGGCGAAAAAGCACCAAAUCGGCUGGAACACAACCCGACCGUCGCACAUCGCCGGGGUAGUCCCAGAUGCGGCAAUAAACCUGUUCUAACCCUUUUCAAUGUCAAAAGCAAGACCUUCAGCGCAUCUGAUGACUCCCUGUUCAUAUGGAUGGGGCAAGCUCUGACCUAA